AUGCAAAAGAUGUGCCCAUAUUUGUUUCUAGAUUUAGGCAGCUCGUCAACAGUAGGUAUUUAUAAUAUACCCGUACCGACUAUCGCUGCUUUGGAUGGUACAGCUCUUGGAUUAGUAAACCAUGCGGUAGAACAAAAUGAAGAAGGAAAUGCAGCAUUUAAGAAGGCACUAAGUAUUGCUGAAGAAAUAUUACCGAACGGGCCAAUUGCUGUUAGAAUGGCGAAGAAGGCGAUAAUCAAAGGUGUUGAAGCGAAUUUUAGUACAGGACUUGCAAUUGAAGAAGCAUGCCAUGCACAGCUGAUACCAACGAAGGAUAGAACGGAAGGAGUGGCGCCGUCUAGGGAUAAAAGAAAACCGGAUUAUAAAGGACACUAA